UAUAACAUAGAGACCAUACAUAAUAUACUAAUUAGAACGGAAUUAAUCAAUGAUCAUAAAUGAAUUCAAAUCCAUAUCAAUCAUCACCAAAACUUCUAACAUAUCAUUACAAAUUGUUACAAAUGAAAUCAUAAUUUUUUUAUUAAAUUCAAGUUAAUAGUUAGGGUGACAAUCAGUAGGGGACCACUUAACGCCGACAAAAAUGUUGUGAAACAAAAAAAAAGAGCAAGUAUAAAUUAAAUUAGUUACUGUGAAUUUGAUAUCUUAUAUCAUUACCUUAAAGUACCUCUCAUACCUUUUUUAUUAUGAUUCGUGAAAUUUCAUUUAAUCACUUGCAUGCAUGUCACUUACCGUCAAUUUGUAAUUAGAGAACUAGAAAAAUUGAAGACCUCUCAAACCACAUUCAUAUUUCUCUCCAUCCACAAAAAACUAUGGCCAUAAGAUGAGCAGCUUCCUCCCCUCCCUCCUCUUCCGAAAUCUCCAAAUAUCAUUGUCCAUUUCAUCCCAUAUCGUAAAUAUACACCACAUCUCUGAAACCCUAACCCUCACCUCUAGAAAUCUCUUCUUUCUUUCUUUUUUUUUUUUUUUGUCUUUUUUCAUUUUAUGAAUCUCACCUCUACAAAUAUGAACCACAAAGGCAGGAGAUAAACAACACAACCAAUCAAAACAUAUAAAAUCUGAGUCUCUCCAAUAGCAACCCUCCACGUGGCUGGUCUGUGCAACUCAAAUCCUAGAGAAUGGUUUUUUCUUUGUCUUUUUUCCAAAAAGGAACAAAACCCAAAAGAGUGAAUUUACAAAACGUGGUUUUAUAUAACCCGUGAUUUGCUUGUCUUUUUCCCUGCUGAUUUACAAAACGUGGUCCCUUUCUCUAACCUACCUACCAAUUACAAUGCAUGUGAGAUGUAAUACGUUUCUUCUUCCACACCAGAAGGCAUUUCAUUUAUGCGACGCGACGGGAUACGGUGACAACCGCUAAGGGGUUGUCAAAUUUACAACCAAGAGUAUUUUGGGUAUGAAAAAAGGAAUAUAUUAAUUACCUUUUUGUAUUAAUUAUAUUGGAAAUUAAAAACCCAUAUUAAAUAUAAUUUUUUGAAAUUUAAAUCAUAUACAUUAAUAUCUCUAUCUAUCUCUCUCUUCCUUUUUCCAGCGGCCACUCCGCAUCGACGGACAAACUUUUUCUCCGGCGAAUUCUCUCCGGCAGACUCCUUCUGGCAACCUGAAAAAAUGUAUCAGUGCGUUAAAAAGUGUACCAAUCAUUUAGUCUACUGGUAAUUAAUAUACCAGUGCUAGUGGUACGCUACCAGUGCGUUAAAAAAUGUACCAGUACUAGUGGUACGCUACCAGUACAGUGCUACCACUACCAUAUUGUAUCGUACCACUAGCACUGGUAGCGCUACCACUUGCAUUGGAGCGAGACCAGUAGAGAAUAACACAAAAAAAACAGAUGAUAGUGGUACCAGAUGAUAGGGGAGCCACUGGUACGUACCAGUGAGUAGUGGUAGCGGCGUCGUAAAAAUGGCGGCGGGGUCAGCGUGGCACGACGGUGAGCUUAGGGGUGACGGGGGCAGCGUAUCGCGGCAGGAGCGGUGGGGACAGCGGGCGCGGCAGGAGCGGCGGGGACAACAGGCGCGGCAGGGUGGUGAGGACAACCGGCGCGGCGGAGGUCAGGGGUGGCGGUGGGCAUGGGAGAGGAAGAGGGAGAUGCGGCGGCGGCAACGUCCGCGGAAGAAAGGGAGGAAGGGAAGAAGGAGGUGAACGGCUGUGCAGUUGGUAUGAGUUAGAUUAGGGUUUUAUUAUUUUAUAUGGGAAGGAAAAUGAUUGGGUGUGGUAAGUUUUUUUAUCCCAAAAACACCCUUCUUUUCAUCUCAACCUUCAAUUUAAAAAUAACAAGAGAGAAUACAUCUAAUGGCUAUAAAGUGGGUUGUCACCAUAACUCAUGCGAGUCAUACUCAUAUGACUGAAUUUGAUAAUGAUUAUGUUAACGUUUCAGUAAUUAUGCUAGGGUAUCCGUUAUGGAUGCUAAUAAUAUGAAUAAUUAGUAUAUAAGUUUCAAAUUAAUUUAAAAUGAUCACUCUCAUUCUAUCGCUUUCCAAAAUUAUCUUAAAUUUACCUCGUCGGACUUCCAACUUAUUGAAGACAUAAUUAAACGACAAAACAACAAAUUAACUCCACCUGAGCACCAAAACCAACAUAUUGACACAUAUCCGACCCGAAAACAACACCCGUCUCUCUUUCACUCACCUUUCGUCCCCUUGGGAUCUCUCUAUCUCACCACAUAGCCCAGACUUUCACAAGAAAUGGACUUCUAUAAAUUUCCAUUAUAUAUCCAAACAAAAUCUUUUGGUGAUGAGUGAUAACCGUCCAUCGACAACAAUUAAAGACAUAAAAAAAGA